UGGAAAAAAUGCAUGUCUGAGUUGCUCAAGUAGCUGUGCUUCUAAUCUAAUCUCAAACUCUCUGAUCAGUUCGAUCCACAGAGAUAAACAUGGGAGAUGUGUUAACUGAAGAGCAGAUUUCUGAGUUUCAAGAAGCUUUUUGUCUGCUAGACAAGGAUGGAGAUGGUACUCUCUCCUUCAUAUUGUUUUUUUUUUUGUUAAGUAUCAUCUCAGCUUGUUGGUGUGAUUCUUGUUAUGAUAUGUGUACAGGUCGCAUAACAUUUGAGGAAUUGGCGACUGCAAUAAAGUCACUAGACCAAAAUCCGACAGAAGAAGAAUUGCAGAGUAUGAUCAAUGAAGUUGACGUUGAUGGUAAUGGAACCAUAGAGUUCGGAGAGUUCUUGAAUCUUAAGGCAAGGAAAAUGAAGGAAACUGAAGCAGAAGAGGAAUUGAAAGAAGCAUUCAAAGUGUUUGACAAGGAUCAAGAUGGCUACAUUUCACCUAAUGAGCUGAGGCACGUAAUGAUAAAUUUAGGAGAGAAACUGACAGAUGAAGAGGUUGAGCAGAUGAUUAGAGAAGCUGAUUUGGAUGGAGAUGGGCAAGUUAAUUAUGAAGAAUUUGUAAGAAUGAUGCUUGCUAUUUGAUACAAAAUCACUGUAAUAUAAUAUUCAAUUUCCACUCAGAGCUUAUAGCUUUAAAUAAAUUAACAUAUCAAAUCCCAUUUAUGUGAAUGGGUCAAUGGUAUAUAUCAUAUCUAUCUAUUAUUAAUUAAUUUGUAUAUCUUUAUUCACGUUAUACAUCUUCAAAAAAAAAAGAUUUUCUCCUCCAAUUCCCAAAAGAAGUGGGAUAUAUUUCUUCAGGUUUUUGCUUACUUUCCAUCAACACUUGGAGCAUGGUGAAGAAUCAAAUAGAAUUAAAUAUAUAAAAUUGAUUUUUACUUCUAUAUAUCUUAUUUCAAUUUGAUUUGAUGACCGCCGGGCUUACUCUACUCUGGGCGAGGCCAGGCUCAAGAGGAAAACAAUAACCCAAAGCCCAUCAAGCCCUCUUUAAGCAAGAUCGACCCAGCGUCUCAAGCCUCGAUCCAGACGCGCGGGGUAGGCCGGAUCCACCAUGAGUCUGGGUCCAAUGAGAAGAAGUUCAGCCCAGUGAAGUGAUGUGAGAAAGAAUAGUAGGCCAAUCACCUCGCAGCCCUACCCGCAUGCGCGCUGGAGAGAAUUAAAUGGCCGUCUGGCAUGAAGAGGAGCCCUGACACAUCCGUACGUACGGAGCUGAGUGACAGAGACAACUAGCAUUGUAGCAUAGAGGCAGAUAUACAUCACGGGUAGACGAAAAGGGAGCUCUCUCUUCUUCCUCCUUCUUCCUGGACUCUAUUUUUUUUUUUCUCUCUGCAAUUCUUGCCUGUUCAUAUUACUCUAGUUCAUAAAAUCUGACUUGAACGUCGGAGGGUCUCCACCGGGGCAUCCCCGGUAGACCCCUAACCAUUUUUCUUCAUUUUGCAGAUUUUUUCUUCGAAUCAAGUAUAAAAGGACCCAUACGAUAGAUUAAGA